CUUUUUAGUGUUGCUGACGAGACGCUGAUGAACCAAACCACAGCAUCGCCACAGCACUGUGGAAAUUAUAUGCCAAAUCUGUAGUGUAACAAGGCCAAGGGUGCCAUGGUUCUAGGAAUGAGACUGGAAAGUGAAGACUGUGAGGACACCUCUUUUGGAUGCUCAUAACGUCGAGGUGUUGUAUAGCUUCUGAGUAGCCUAGCUACAUAGCUAGGAAACACAAGGACCAUGCCUCUAUCAGACUUCGUGGAUGCCUUGAAGGACAACCCUUACUUUGGGGCUGGCUUUGGACUGGUGGGGGUGGGCUCGGCCAUUGCUGUGGCCAGGAAAUCAGCUCAAUUUGGGAUGAUCUUCUUCCGGAGGAACUACAUGAUCACCCUGGAGGUGCCCAGUCGGGACAAGAGCUACCACUGGCUGCUGAGCUGGAUCACCAAGCACGCCAAGCACACGCAGCACCUGAGUGUGGAGACCUCUUACAUGCAGCACGAGAGUGGACGGGUACACACACAGUUUGACUUCCACCCCAGCCCUGGCAACCACAUAAUCUGGUAUGGGAGGAAGUGGAUCCGAGUGGAGAGGACCAGAGAGAAACAGAUGGUGGAUCUCCACACAGGCACUCCCUGGGAGUCAGUCACUUUCACCGCCAUGGGAAGAAACAGAGACGUCUUCUUCAACAUCCUGCAAGAAGCCAGGGAGUUGGCCCUGAAGCAGGAGGAGGGUCGGACGGUGAUGUACACGGCCCUGGGCUCCGAGUGGAGGCCCUUUGGAUUCCCACGGCGACGACGGCCCCUCAGCUCAGUGGUCCUGGAAGAGGGCUUGGCCGAUAGGAUUGUAGAUGAUGUGAAGGAGUUCAUCGGAAACCCCAAGUGGUACACAGACCGAGGGAUCCCCUACAGGAGAGGUUAUCUGCUGUAUGGACCUCCAGGCUGUGGGAAAAGCAGCUUCAUCACUGCCCUGGCUGGAGAGCUGGGCUACAGCAUCUGCCUGAUGAGUCUGAGCGACCGCAGCCUGUCUGACGACCGCCUCAACCACCUGCUGAGCGUGGCGCCGCAGCAGAGUAUCAUCCUGCUGGAGGACGUGGACGCCGCCUUCGUCAGCCGAGAGCUGCUGCCCACCGAAAGCCCUCUGGCCUACCAGGGCAUGGGCAGGCUGACAUUCAGUGGCCUCCUCAAUGCUCUGGAUGGAGUGGCCUCGUCAGAGGCCAGAAUAGUCUUCAUGACCACCAACUUCAUAGACAGAUUGGACCCAGCUCUGAUCAGGCCGGGCCGUGUGGACUUGAAACAAUAUGUGGGCCACUGCACCCACUGGCAGCUCACCCAGAUGUUCCGACGCUUCUACCCAGCUGAGUCGGCCACAGAGGGGGACCGCUUUGCGGAGAGCGCGCUGGCCACCCACCCCAACAUCAGUGCUGCCCAGGUGCAGGGGCACUUCAUGCUGUUCAAAAUGGACCCAACGGGCUCCAUAGACAACGUGGCCAAGAUGAAGGAGUGAGGAGACUUAAAGGACUCUGGGAAGGAAGGUCACAGAAGAAGUCGUCAUUUGACACGAAAGGAGAAGUUAAAGGGACUCUGUUUGAGAUGGAAAAUGCUGUAACUUCUCAAACUUUUUAUGUGCUUUUUUUAUUGCAAAGUCACGUACUGAAUAAAAGUGAGUGAGUGUAAAUUAAACAUGUUUUAAAUAAAAUCAAAGGCACAUGA